UGAGAGCUCUACCUCUAUAACAGCAUCGUUAAUGUAUUAACUGAUUCUAUACGAGCAAACCGGUAUUAAAACGAGUUUGUCGGUAGUAGAAUCCCGGUACUUAACAGGAAAAACAUAUCGCGUUGAGUGAUCAAUUAUUGAGGUUCUUAGACAAUGGUCAACUCAAGAUCAUGCUUUUCAUGAAAAUCAUUUUGCUAAAUUUUGUUCUUCUUAAUGUUUCUAAUAUAGCAGAUGCUCUUCAAUUUAUUGCAAAGCCAUUUAGUGGUGGAACUUGGCAUGUUAACAAAGAUGACAAUAUUACUAUAUCAUGUCUAACUGAUGAUUCUUCUGCAAAUGUCACUUUGUUAGUUGGAGAAAAAACAAUCCAGGACCAAUUUAUUAAACGAAAAGGACUACUCAAAAUAGAUGGGCAAAUUUUUAAACUUCAUCUUAUUACUUCAUCUGAUUGGAAUACAUACCAAUGCAUGGCAAGAGCUGAAGACAAGAAUUUAGUUUUAAAGCUUGGAACACUUAUUGUUAAUCCAGCCCCAUGCAACAAGGCUCCUGAUUUACAACGCUUUGGAAAAACAUUAAACUAUAGUGUGGAUUUAGAGUAUGAGUUAUUUGAUGAAAUAAUAAUAGUUUGUUCAACACCUGGCAUAGACGGCAUUAAAAAUAUACUUACAUGGGUAAACAAAAAUAUAUCAUCAGAUUUAAAACAAACAGUUUUACCAGAUGAAAGAGAUCAAGUUACAUAUAUAGAUAGGUUGCAGUUGAAAAUUUCAUAUGCUAAUUUAAUGAAUGAAGGAGAAUAUAUUUGUAAAAGAAGUUUGUGUAAUAUAACAUCAAGUCGUUCUAUCAAAUUAAAAUUUAAAAAUCCAUAUAAACCAAUAAUUUCUGUAAGCUAUAGUGGAAAGCCUCAGAAAGGUAGAUCAAUUAAAAUUAAAUGUUUGGUGGAUUCUUCUCCUUCAUCCACAAUUGAAUGGUACUCAGGUGAUAGCUUGCUGCUAGUUUGUAAAAGUUCAAAGAAACCAUAUACUGAUUUGCAGAUACCAUGUGAAUAUACUAUACAAGAUUUUAACAGCAAUACAAAUUUUACAUGCAUUGCUAAAAAUGCAGCAGGAAAUUCAUCUCAAAGUUUGAUAAUUUAUGUUUUAGUUCCUCCUCUUAUCUCACCAUCAAAAGCAGAAUCACAAAGAUUUGAAUGCACUGUUACUCAAGGAAAUCCCUUGCCAUUUAUUUAUUGGGAGCAAAAAGUCAUAAGUUGCAAAAACUGCGAAAGCCAAUGGGUUAAUUUCUCAUCAGAAAAUGUAAAGGUUGUGCCUCCUACUUAUGAACCUUCUUCUCAAAGUGCUUUAAUUUUUGAAAACUCCUCUAAAGAUUUUGGAUCUAUACGAUGUCAUGCCUAUAAUUCUGAAGGAAAUUCUUCUGCUGUUAUUUCUUUAAAUUAUAGUGCUGGGAAAGAUACAAAGUUUUCAACUAUUGGAAUUAUUUGUGGAUUUUUGGUCAUUAUCUUUAUUUUUCUGAUUAUUAUAUAUUUCUACAAAAGAUACACAAACAAAAAGUUUGCAUUAUUUAUGGAACCAAAUCCAAAAUUUAAGCUUGAUCCAUCUCGUACAAUUUUUGAACAAAGCAUUGAACUUCCUUAUGACCUAUCCUGGGAAUUUCCUCGUCAUCGAUUAGAUUUUGUACGUGUAAUUGGAUCAGGUGCAUUUGGCCAGGUAUGGUUUGCACAUGCACGUGGCAUUUUAGCUUUGUGUCCACGUGAUAAAUCUGCUUCAGCUGCUCGCCAAAGGGCCAAACUAUAUUUUAAUACAAAAGUUCCUAAAAGUUUAACAAAAUUGUUUACCAAUGGUAGCAUGUGUGACCACGAUACAUUUGUAGCAGUUAAAACAUUAAAAUCAUCAGCAUCAGACGUGGAGUAUAGAGAUCUUUCAUCUGAAAUAAAGGUUCUUAUACAUUUGGGGGAGCAUCCAAACAUUGUAAAUUUAUUAGGGUCGUGCACAAAAGAUGGACGCUUAUGUGCUAUUAUGGAAUAUUGUCCUCAUGGGAAUCUAGUUGGAUUUCUUCGACCACGUCGUCAUGUUUUUUCAUUACAAUGGGAAAAGCAAGCUUUAAAUUAUGAUGAAGAUUUCUGUUGGUUGGAUGCUGCAACUGCUGCAUUUCAAAUUGCAAGUGGAAUGUUGUUUUUAUCGGAAAAAAAGCUUGUUCACAGAGACUUAGCUGCUCGCAACGUGUUGGUUGGUCCAGAUUAUAUUAUGAAGUUAGCAGAUUUUGGAUUAGCCAGAGAUAUUUAUUUAAGCGGUGUUUAUAUUAAGGAAAGUUGUGGUAUUUUACCUGUAAAAUGGAUGGCUCCAGAAUCACUAUUUGAUAAAGUUUAUACAAUUAAAAGUGACGUAUGGUCGUUUGGUAUUGUUUUAUGGGAAAUAUGUACGAUGGGUGGUUCUCCUUACCCUGGGCUGCCCACUGAAGAUUUGUUUGAAUAUCUUACUGCGGGAAAGCGCAUGUGUCAACCUGUCACAUGUCCAGACGAACUUUAUGAAAUCAUGCUUCAAUGCUGGCAAGAACGACCUGAAGAAAGACCUUGGUUUCAUGAGAUUGUUUCACAAUUGCAGAGAAUCAUUGAAUCCAAAAAUGAGCCUCCUAAUAACCUUUCUGCAUUUGAUCGCAUCCAAAGCGUUUCUGACGAAACUGAUUGUUUGGUUCCGUUAUCUCCUUUAAAAAAGAAAAAAUCAACGGAUGUUAUAUUUACAAAGAAAGACUCAUUAAAAACUAAAAUUGACUGCGUGUUCAAUUUUCCGCCUAUUGAAGAUAACAGCGAUAAAAAUGGCAACAGUGUUAACAAAGAACAAUUGAAUACAACCAAUGAAACCGGAUAUAUUGGUCUUCGAAUAGAAUCUGCUGUAUCGGAAAAUGUGUAAAUUUUUGAAAAUUUUCUUUGUAACGCUAUUUAAUAUUUUGCUGGUAGAGUUAGUGUGCGUUGAGAAGGAAAUUUUUAUAUUACAUAGCUUUGAUUUCAAAAAGCAAAAACCAACGCUGUCUCCAUAAACUACUGGUUGGUUUACGAUAUUUUAUAUAUUACGCAAUAAUCUUUUUUUAAAUUUCUUAUAUAUUUAUGUGUUGAUAUUUAUAUGUAUAUAAUUAAGUUUUUUAAAUAAUUUUUACUAAAAAGGUAUCGAGAAAGAUUUUAUAUUGAAUUUUGUAUAUAUUUUUCUGAAGUUUUAACAAACGUGCAACUGAUUGGAAGUUAUAAAUUCAUUAA